AUGGCUACCGCAGAAGUUCUGAACAAGGUCGAUCUGCUCGGCCCCCAGCAGGAACAAGUGAACCUCGAAGCGGACUUGGGCAAGACUGAACUGGUCCCUCCACCGUUCGAUCCUGUAAAGCUCAAGGAGAAGUACUUGGCCGAAAGAGACAAGCGACUGCAACAUGGCGGCGGGAUCAACCAGUAUCGUCUCGUCGAAGAACGUGGCCAAUUUGCCCAUUAUCUGGAUGAUCCAUGGGUCGAGCCCGGCUUCACUCGAGACCCUGUCAGCGAGCAGGUCGAUGCCAUUAUCAUUGGCGGUGGAUAUGGUGCACAGCUGAUUGCUGUUCGACUGAUCGAACAAGGAGUGAAGAAUAUUCGGUUGAUCGAGAAGGCUGGGGAUUUUGGUGGGACGUGGUAUUGGAAUAGAUAUCCUGGUGCGCAAUGUGACAUUGAAUCAUAUAUCUACAUGCCACUCCUAGAAGAAAUCGGCUACAUGCCGACUGAGAAGUACGCCAGAGCCAAGGAGCUUCUCAAGCACUCCGAGAUGAUCGGCCGUAGAUGGGGACUCUACGAGCGGACUCUCUUCCAGACCGAAACUCAUGAACUGAGAUGGAACGAAGAAUCGGGCCUGUGGUCCGUCAAGACAAACCGGAACGAUGAUAUCAAAGCAAGAUUCGUUAUACCAGCUGCAGGACCACUGCACAGGCCGAAAUUGCCGGGCGUCAAAGGUAUUGAGAACUUCAAAGGCCAUAGCUUUCACUCCAGUCGGUGGGACUACAAGUAUACUGGUGGAGACAAUGGAGGUGGGCUGACUGGUCUGGCUAAUAAAAGAGUUGCUGUCAUUGGAACAGGCGCCACUGCAGUCCAGAUUGUGCCAAACGUUUCCAAGUAUGCCAAGGAACUCUUUGUCUUUCAGCGAACACCCUCGUCAAUUGACGUGAGAGGCAAUCGACAAACAGACGAAACAUGGGCAAAGAGCCUAAAGCCCGGUUGGCAAAAGGAACGAAUGGAUAACUUCAACAUCAUCGUCAACGGCGGCAUUCUACCAGUCGACCAUGUCCGUGACGGAUGGACCGACAUCCUACAGAAGCUCCUCGCCAGGGGAUCAGCCGGAUCUGAGACCGACCCAGAGAAGGCCGCCGCCGAACGCCAAAUGGCCGACUUCGAAAAGAUGAACCAAGUCCGCGCACGUUGCGACGAAAUCGUCAAAGACAAGGAGACCGCCGAAAGUCUCAAACCGUGGUACAACCAACUCUGCAAGCGUCCCUGCUUCCACGACGAAUAUCUCCAAGCCUUUAACAACCCCAACACCCACCUCGUCGACACCAAAGGCCUCGGAAUCGAACGCAUCACCGAGAAAGGCAUCAUCGCCAACGGCAAAGAAUACGAAGUCGACUGCAUCGUCUACGGCACCGGCUUCGAGCUCGCCACCGAAUGGUCCCACCGCACCAACAUGGAAGUCUUCGGUCGCAACAACCAAAGCAUCACCGACUGCUGGAAGAACGGCGCGAGCACCCUCCACGGCUGGAGCACACGCAACUUCCCCAACUGCUUCUGGGUCAGCAUCGUGCAAGCGGCGUUGACGCCCAACUUCCUGCACGUUACAGGCGAGCAGGCGAAACACCUCGCAUACGUGAUCGGCGAAUGUGAGAAGAGGAAGAUCCGCACGGUGGAGCCUACGGAGGCUGCGGAGAGGGAGUGGGUUGCGACGGUGCUGGAAAUGGCAAAGUUGAGGGCGCCGUUCUUGAAGGAGUGUACGCCUGGGUAUUAUAAUAAUGAGGGGACGCCGAGUGCGACUGCGGGGAGGAAUGCGAGUUAUGGGGGUGGGAGCCCGGCUUUUAUCAAGAUUUUGGAGGAUUGGAGGGCGAAGGGGGAGUUGGGAGGGUUGGAUGUGAAGUAUUUUGAGGAUUAG